ACUUUAGCUAGUAAGUAUAGUACGUAUAGUAUAUACUCUAUAGCGCUAGUAGUAAAGACUUUUAUAGUACUCUAUAUAUUAGCUAUAUACGUUUUAUACGUACCUACUAAGCUUAGCUUAGGCGUAGAUUUUCUUACUCUACUCUACUUUUCUUUUACUAGAAGCUUAUUUUAUAAAGUAAAUAAUAACUAA